ACUGCUGACUGUAGUUUCCUGUCCAAUAGCUGCAGCACAGAAGUCUGAGGCAAGUAUAGUGGGAGUAAAGAGAGAGGAGCGACCUACAGGUCGGAUACUGCUGCUCAUUUUAGAGUUUAAACAAAAUUGGGACAGUGGUGUAGCCUACUUGGACUUUGUUAGCAGAAAGGCAACAGAAAGUGAGUAAGCCCUACACUGCAGACAAAGUGAGAAGCCUGCAGAGACACACAAAACUUCCCAACAUCUGGUCUGCUGGAGGACGGGGCGAGCCGGAGAGAGAAACUUUGGAGGCGGAGAGAAUCUAUCUCCACUGGUGAAAAAUGCAUUGAAUUGGGAGUUUUUUGGGGGACCUACAUGAGCCGAAACGAGAUUUGGUGGUCGUGUAAGGUGACAAGAGUGGAGGGAAAGAGGACGGGAAAGGUCUCGGAGGGCGAGAAGUCCACCUGGAGCGGUCAGAGAAUGAAUUAGCCGAAGGUUUGGCUGCACCGCGUUCCAGCCAAAGAGAAGGCUCACUCCUUGGCCCCUCCACCUCUUCCCACAAGAGCCAGGCCUACGCUCAUGGAUGAGGAGAGGAGUGCCCCUGUCAUCUCCCCAGAUCCACCUGAUGAGGUGGGACCCAGUGUACCAGCUCCACAACCCAGUUCACACUCAACCCUGACCGAAGAGAGCACAAACAGCUGUCCGAACCCAAAGCCCUGUCCUAGUCCAGAUGUGGCCCACACCUAUACUGAGCCCCUCAUAUUGAGGUUAAAUGGCACCCCAGAAAGGUUGCAAGGUGAUGGUGAAGACAAGUGGAGCAGCAGCCUCUCACACUCAGUGCUUACGACACCCAGCAAGAGUAUCACAUCUCAACCAGCAGCCAGAUCCACACCCAUUCACCACACCCAGCCAUGUCGGACACAGCCCAGCAGCCAACUACGCAACGGAGCCAAGCACCACGCACAUACACACUCCCCUCACACGCACUGUCCGCAUCAAACACACGCCCUCCAGUCCAACGGGGUCAGGAACGGGGGCCCUCAUGGGCAUCCUAAGCUGGGCUCCCUCCCGAGAGGUGGGUCAUCCACCUCCUCAUCCUCUUCAGCAGGACCCAAACAGACCAAGAAAUUGCAGUCCAACUCCUCCAUCACUUCCCAGAGCAGCAAGAGGAGCAAGAGCAGCUCCAAAAGUAACAGCUCUCACAUUCCUACGGAGGCACAGAAUGACUGCUGUGUUCACUGUAUUCUGGCCUGCCUAUUUUGUGAGUUCCUAACUCUGUGUAACAUCAUGCUGGACUGUGCCACCUGCGGCUCCUGCGCGGGUGACGACUCGUGUUUCUGCUGCUGCUGUGCGUCGGAGGAGUGUGGCGACUGUGACCUGCCCUGUGACAUGGACUGUGGCAUCAUCGACGCCUGUUGUGAGUCUGCAGACUGCCUGGAGAUUUGCAUGGAGUGCUGCAGCCUUUGCUUCUCCUCCUGAGGGCCCGACCACCACCAAAGUAGAUGUCGGCUACACACUCCUACAAUAGGAACAACUUUGAACAGUGUUUUUUAGCUCUGAGAAGCGCUACACCUUUUGUCCUUGUUGCCUGGUCUGGCCAUGGUUUACGCUAUGUUGGCUGGCGUAGUUGGCUCCACUAUGUGUCCAUGGUUUUUACAAGGUUUGCCGAGAAAAAGAUGCUGAGAGCAGCAAUUCUUUCUCCUCCUUUAUUGAUCGAUGGGAACGUAGCUUCCCUGCCUUGUCUUUGCUGUUGGUCCAUUGCUUCAGAGCUGGAUGUAUGGUGCAGAGUGAGUUCCAUCAGGGGUCCACGAGUGUCUGCCAGGCCGUGCAGAGCUAUUACUACAAUGGAGCCCCUUGUGCCGUCUAAAUACUGGAGUUCUCCAAGCAUGAAAAAUGACCUCCAAAGGCAAAUGAGAAAAUGGCUCUAUUUAACCGGAUUUAGUGUUUCUGUAGAUAAGAGCAGCAGCAUAAUGGGAAAAUGGAUGCUCAGAUCUUAGUAGAAAUGUAGUGUCCCCCUGUCCUUGGCAAGGUUAAAGUCUUCCAGUUUGAUACAGUGGCCUUUGUGACACACAUACACACACACACACACACACACACAAUAGAGAAAACAUUAAUGGUGGCUUGUGGCAAUAUUACAGACAAAUUUCUUUUGUUAAUAUGCAUCUCACUUAUCAGACUUAUUCAGAGAAGAAUCAUGAGAGCGCCGUGCAUCAGCCUGAAGAUGGGUCCAUUAAAUGAGUACUGUAAGUGAUGGACAUCAGAGCAAAUGGUUGACAGCAUCGGUCGUGGACACAUUCUCUAUUCUAACAUGUGAAGGGAGAGAUUUCUUAAUCAAAGGUCUCUCCUCGUUUAAUGUUCCACAUCUUGUUUACUUUUGCAUUGUUUUUUUUGUUUGAGGGGCUUCGUCUGUAUUCGGUGAAUUCCUCCUCUUCUGAAUGGUCAGAGCUUGUAAAGGACUGGUGGAGGAUUGGAAGGCAUCAUCUCUUUUUUAAUAUGUUUCAUUAUUGGUUGUCGUUCUUGCGAUGUGAACAAAUGGCCUUGGCUUAGCUUCAGGCCUGAAUUUUUUAAUGGAGAUUCCUUGCCUUUACCAAAUCUCUAAUAAUCCUAGUUUUGUAGAUUUUAGUUAAGAUAUUUGCAUUUCUCCUGUAAUGUGAAAAUCACAUUUCUGUGUUAUUGGGUUUUGCUGGGCUCUCUGUAAAGCAGUAAUGCUCAACAUCUAAUUUAAAUCCUGAGUGAGAAUCUCACGACAUUAUGCUAAGUUAGAUCCAUAUGCUCGUAGUAUGAAUGGUACGCUUUUGAUAACACUCUGGUACGCUCAGAUGCAUACUUUCUCCAACCCAAUACCUCUUGAGAUGUACCCUAGAUCUGUUUUGCAUUUUAAAAUGACUUGAUACAAAUCUUUCUCCUCUUUGAUCAAAUACUGUUUGUGCAAUCCUUUUCUCUAGGAAAUACCAAGGAGUUUUCCUCUUACUGAACCUUAAUUUUGAGACCUACAAUUACUUGUGCAGGUACAUUAAAUGGUCUUCACUAUGUUAUUGUGGCUGUGGUUUAUUAAACCCUAUUUUAAGGGCUGAAAUAUAACACUGUUGAAUAAGAAUAUACACUAAGGCUGUAAAUCAACCUGAUGACUCAUCAUUUCUGUUUAUAUAUCAGAAUGAAUGGGUUUUACAUUUUGACACGUUCCAAUUGAACUAAGAUAAAAUCCUGGAGAGCCCUGGAAAACAAUGCAAUUUUGUAACAGUACAAAGUGAUUUAUGAAGGGAGAACUGGAUCAUGUGUAUUAGCCGUGAUAACAAUAUGAUUUUGUUUGGAUUUAAAACAUAAUCCAAGUGCAGAUUCUGACAACGUUCUCUGACACCAGACCAAACUUGUCACAAAAAGAAUAGGGGUGGACCGUAGUCUAUAUCUGGAGGGUGUGAAAGGCUAACCCAUAUGAGUUUAAUACCAAAAUAAAAAAACUGGUUUGUUAACAACAAGGGUCAACCAUUUCAAAUAAAAAAAAAGAACCUACAAAUUUAAGUUAGCUUCACAGUCAACAAGCUAAUGUUAGCAUAACUUGGCAAUGGUUAGCCCGCAGGGGAAACAUAAACAGUUAACACUGUUAAGGCGAGCAGGAAUUUGAAUACAAAUUGACAUUUUUCAGCUAAAACCCUCGCAAAUGGUAUAUUGUUUCCUAUCAUUUAUGACUGAGCAUAACCACUCAAAUGUUGCUUUCCAUUAUGUUAAAUUGAUUUCUAGUUUGCUCAAAUUCCUGUUUCCAGCAAAGACGUAGCUGGAGAAAUAAAGUUAACAAAACCUUACCUGCAAUAGACAGCAACUUUCUUUUUUUUGCAGUAGAUCAUACAAACAUGUCUGAACCUCUUGUGAGAUUCCUUGUUUCCAAAUGUAGCUUCAACAGGGUUUUUUGAAGAGGUCCUGUUGGACUGUAAAGUCCAAAAGUGGUAAGUCUGUCAGUACUUCAGCUAAGUUGUGCUAUGCAACAUAAAUCAUGUGAAACAACAUUUUAAUAAGGUCUGGGUUUAAAAACAGUGAACACAUCAUUUAGGUUUUAUUUAAUGAUGUUGGAAUCCUAUUUUAUGACUUGAUCAUUAAAUAUAACUUUAUGUUUAUACUGAGAAUAGGGGGCGGUCUGGAGGGAUAGAAAACACUGAUUGGUUGGUCUAGAGAUGGAGAACGCUUCUCUGGAUUGCAGAGAUGGUUUGGAGAUAUGAAUUUGAUGUUGUGUCUCAAAGGUCAUCAUAUUAUCCUUAAAAAGGUCCUUUGCACUCAGUCAAGCUAUUACAGUAAUACUUUCAAUGUUGUCCAAACUUAGUAUUAUCAAUAUUUUUGCUAGAAUUACUUUGACUACAGAAAUUUCUAAUUGUUGACUUUCAUGGAUUUAUUAUCUUAUUAUGAGAUGUAAUUUGGAUAUUGAUUUAAAAGGCUGACCACAUCCGCUAGUAUUAUGAAAGUUAUUCUAGCCCAGCUAAAUUGUAACUAGAAGUUUAUAUUGUCCACUAUAAUGUAAUUUUUUUUACACUACCCCCAUUUUAUGUCAAUUUAAAUUGCUGUCCUGGAAGUCACAUUACAAUCUCUUAGUUUAAUACUGAAUAAACAAUGUGAACUCCA